AUGACUGAAGAAUGCCUGAUAUGCUAUGAUGAGAUUGUCCUCCUUGAGACUGCAUUUCGAUUUGAGACCCUGCCCAGGAGCCUUAAAGUACUGUUGGUCUGCCCUUCCCACGGUGCCAAGGAAGCUCUGAAGAACGUAAGCUUCCAGGCCUACGAAAAGCAAACCACCGCACUGGUGGGUCGUAACGGUGCUGGAAAAACGACUAUCAUGAACGUCGUCGCAGGUCUACAGAAGCCGACUUCUGGUCGCGUGUUCGUCUGCGGCUACGACGUAGUCAAACACACGGACCUGGCCCGUGCUACCAUCGGCUUCUGCCCACAACGGGACCUACUCUUCAGCGACCUCACAGUCUGGGAACAUUUAAUGUACUUCGGCACCCUAAAGCAAAUGCAUCCUGGACCACUGAAGAGUGCCGCAGAAGACAUGCUGGUCGCGGCGAACCUGGAAGACGACGUGCGCACUUUGGUACAAGAUCUCAAGAGGGGCCCAACGAAGCUACUCAGUAUCGCCAUCGCCACCCUUGGCAAGCCAAAGGUGGUUGUCAUCGACGAGCCCACCUCGGGCCUGGACCGGUACAACACGCAGCUCGUGUGGAACAUGCUGCUGCGCGUGCGGCGUUCGAGCGCGCUGCUCAUCUCCACCCAUGACAUGACCGAGGCGGACGUUCUGGCCGACCGCGUCGUCAGCCUCACCCAGGGCAUCGUCGUCUGCAACGCCUCGCCGACCCACUUGAAGAGCAUCUACGGUGUCGGCUACAAGGUGAGCCUAAAGAAGAGCACCAGGGUGCCAUUUCAGAAGCAACAGGUGCUGUCAAUACUGCGGCGGUACGUGCCAUCGGCCGAACUGCUGCACGACGAGCCAGAACAUGCCACCAUCGGGCUGCACACAGUCGUCUCAAAGGAUUUCGACCGGAUGUUCCGCGAACUGGAAAGGGCCGGCGCGCGUUUGGGCAUCCGCUCUAUUGGGCUCACUGUCUCCACGCUCAAGGAUAUCUACCUCAAGUGA